GGCGACGUAACGUCACUUCCGAAAAAAAUCUGUGAUGGGAGCCGAAUGUGACAAGCCACCUGCCACACCCAUUGAGGGUGACGUCAGCGGUACGGGAAGCGGAAGUGACGCAUUUGGUUUGAAUUGUGAUUCCCGGGAGAGAGGAGGCGGAGGAGCGGAGCCGAUUAUGGAGAAGGCGGAUCAGCCGACGCGGAGACCCCGCAGUCGCCCGAACAGACGCGGCUCCAGAGAGGACAAUCACGUGUCGGUGGCGUUCCCGGGACGGGUGACCAGAGAGAGCUGCUGCCGCUUCACCUGCGAGCUUCUCAAACACAUUCUGCACCAGAGACACCAACUGCCCCUCCCCUACGAGGAGCUACUCCGCUUCUGCCAAGAGCAACAGGAAGGAGAAGUCAUCAGGAGACCAACGAAGGGAGAAGUGUCGAAUUCCCGCCAGUGCCAGCGUUCUCUAUCAGACUUGGACGAGCUGCUGGCCCAGCUGGAGACCUUCUUCACUCUGACGUCGGUUCCUCGGGUCCUCCUGCUGCUGGGAGGAUCUGUAGUGACCCCCAAGGAGAUGUAUGUGAUAGACAUGGAGGGUAUACAGGUGGGCAACGGAGAGGAGAGCCUGAGCACGCGGCCUUGCCUCCGGCAGAUUUUCCACGCCAUCUUCGUGGCUGACCCGUUCAGCGAUCUCCGCUCCACCUCCCCCAUGAGCGUGGUCAUCAUGGUGCAGGGACACAGGGACUGCGGCACAGAGUGGUUCCGGCCCAAACUAAACUUCAAAGUGCCCAUCCGGGGCCACACACUGACAGUCGGAAUGUCCUGCAGCGCAUCGGAGACCCCCAACGCCAAUAGCAAUGAGGAGUAUAUCUGGUUCCAGGCGCCCAUCACACUGAAAGGAUUCCAUAACUGAGACCCUUCCCUGUGGCCUCUCGUACCAAAGACUGACCGUCCUCCAUACAUGAACCUCAGGAGGCUCCACCGUCGCAUUUCAGGACCUCAGAGACGACUUUACCGUAUGGGGCCAUUCACCGAUCACUCGUGAGACGUCUUCAUACCUCCAAUAAAUUGCUGCUUCUUCUCACCAUGUGACUCUGACCGCGUUCUAACCAGUAACUGUGCAAUAAUUCCUGGGGGGGUGGUGGGGGGACCUUUCCAUGGAGGCCUUGGAUACAGCCACAUGAUAUGUACAGUUCAUAGAAUCUACAGGAACUGACUUCAAUAUAGGAGUGCAGAGACAGGUUCACUUUGACUCCAUCUUUAAUCAGCUGCUAAGAACCCCUCAAAUCAAUCCAGGGGAUCCCUCUUGCCCCAGAAUCAUGGGGUAGACACAUGAGGAACUGCUCUGCUGCUGAUGGACGCUUAUUGCGGCAAACGGGGCUCCGUCUGACCCAUUUCUGUCUGUAAGGCUCCAUUCACACUUCUGCGACUUGUCAAGCGACUUUGGACAGAGUGCAAAAUCUGGUGCAGCUCUGCAUAGAAACCAAUCGGCUUCCAGUUUUAUUUGUCAAAGCU